GUGUCCUGCUCCAGAUCUGUCAGGGCCCAGGUGACGGUGAUGUGGUCAGUUCACCAGGACCAUGGCGAUGGGUCAGAACACCGAGGUGUGGAAGCAAGUGUUCCAGGAAUUAAUUCAGGAGGUGAAGCCAUGGCACAUGUGGACCCUGAUACUAGACAGAAGCCUUCUUCCCAACAUCCUGAAGCCAGGGUGGACACAAUAUCAGCAGUGGACUUUUGCCAGGUUUCAGUGCUCAUCAUGCUCUCGGAACUGGGCCUCCUCCCAAGUUCAGGUCCUUUUCCACAUGCACUGGAGUGAGGGGGAGUCCAGGGGCCAGGUGAAGAUGAGGAUCUUUUCCCAAAGAUGUAAGAAGUGCUCCCAAUCUUCGUUUGAGGUUCCCAAGUUCACAGAAGAGAACAUCUCAAGGAUCCUGAACAAUCUGGUAUUGCGAAUUCUGAAGAAAUGCUACGGAGAAGGAUUUAAGUUGGUGGAGAUUCCUAUCAUCAAGGAAAUUUCUCUUGAAGGGCCACAUGACAGUGACAACUGUGAGGCAUGUCUGCAGGGCUUUUGCAUCCAGAGUGGGUUAGGUCUGGCCACGCAGACACCAAUGUCCCCAUCACUUCCUACAAUAAGCUCACCCCCUAUUGAGAUAGCAAUCCGAAUGCCUUCUCCCACAAGGAGUAGCACCACAGAGGAUGCAGUGAAGAAAAAGAAGGUAAUACCCAGACCCUGGUUUCCUGAACCUACACAAGCUGAGAGCCUCCCCACUUCCUGGAGCCCAAGAGCAGACACCAACUCCCAGAAUCAGAGAGCAGACAUCAGCUCCCAGAGCCCAAGAGCAGAUACCAACUCCUCCCAGAGCCAGAGAGUAGACAUCAGCUCCCAGAACCUGAGAGCAAAGACCAACUCCCAGAGCCCAAGAAGAAAGACCAACUCCCAGAGCCCGAGAGCAAAGACCAAAUCCCAGAGCCCAAGAACAGACAUCAGCUCUCAGAGGCCAUACAAGCUUCCUGUGACCAGCCAGGCCCACACUUCCUCCACUAGGCUGCCGUCCAAGCCCAACGCCUAG